AUGACAAUACAACUUCGAGCCUUUCAUGCUAUAGAUUUAGUUCUUUUUGUUCGAAAACUCCACUCUCGUGUUGAUAAUAUUCUCGCGGUUGAUUCGGCUAACCAAGCAAAUCUGUGUAGUUUUUCAGCUGCUAAAUAUUUCAGUUCCCGUCAAGCUCUUCAACUGAUUUGUUUUCUAAACUCACAUAGUUUGUUAAGCCAUGCAAAAAAUUGUUCCAUUCAUUAUCAAAACAAUGUUGUUAAAGCUUAUUUUAUACGCAUUAGUUGA